UCCUCUUCCACUCCUCUGCUCUGGCUCUUUUUCUGCUUUUGUUUGCAUUCAUUUACUCGCCACGAAGAGAAGAAGAACGGAAAAUGGCGGGUCUAACAGUGACAUGGAUUGCUUCUCUUCUCUCUCUAAUGUGGAUGGCCGAAGCUAGAAUCCCAGGGGUCUACACUGGAGGCUCAUGGGAAACUGCUCAUGCCACCUUCUAUGGCGGCUCCGACGCCUCUGGCACUAUGGGUGGGGCUUGUGGGUACGGAAAUCUGUACAGCCAAGGGUACGGCGUGAGCACGGCGGCGCUGAGCACGGCGCUGUUCAACAAUGGGCUGAGCUGCGGUGCCUGUUUCGAGAUCAAGUGCGCCAAUGAUCCCAAGUGGUGCCACUCUGGAAGUCCCUCCAUCCUCAUCACGGCCACCAACUUUUGCCCCCCAAACUACGCUCUCCCCAACGACAAUGGCGGCUGGUGCAACCCCCCUAGGCCCCACUUCGACCUUGCCAUGCCGAUGUUCCUCAAGAUCGCCGAGUACCGCGCCGGCAUUGUUCCCGUCGCUUACCGCAGGGUGCCAUGCCGGAAGCGCGGUGGAAUAAGGUUCACGAUAAACGGGUUCCGGUACUUCAACCUGGUGCUGAUCUCCAACGUCGCGGGUGCAGGGGAUAUCGUGAGGACGAGCGUGAAAGGGUCGAAGACUGGCUGGAUGCUCAUGAGCAGGAACUGGGGUCAAAACUGGCAGUCAAACGCCGUUUUGGUGGGCCAAUCACUCUCGUUCAGAGUCACCGGCAGCGACAGACGCACCUCUACAUCCUGGAACAUUGUUCCAGCCAAUUGGCAGUUCGGUCAAACAUUCACCGGCAAGAAUUUCAGAGUCUGACCAUCCAUAUCAUAUCCCACUAUUUUCAAGAUUCCCGCCAUAAUAUUGUUGCGCGAUUAUUUCCCUUCUUUUUUUUUUUUUAAACCUGUUUAUUUAAAAAUAUAUAUGUUUUUUUUUUUUUUUUUUUUGGUGCUAAGAAGGUUUUGUUUUGACUGGGUGUUGGAGAAUGUGAAAGUGUCACAAGGAGAGAGAGGGAGAGCCUUUUUGGCAUUUUGAUUGGUGGGGUUUUGGGUGAGGAAGUGUGCAAGUUAGUAGUAGUGGGGGUGUCACUGUACUCUGAAAGAGGAAAGUGAAGAAAAUUGUAGGGCAGGCUGAAGCGGCAGCACAGAAAAGAAUGUUAGCCCGCAGCCUUUAGUAUACUAGUUGAAAUUCAGUAUAUGAUAUGUCAUAUAAUGAUAUAUAUAAGAUAUAUAUAUAUAUGUCGGAAAAAAGUGUAUUUGUAGUAAUUUACCCUAUAAAACCAUGACUUUGGAAACUCGUAUUUGGUUUGUGACCUUGUGGUUUGUUCUUUUGAGCAUUAGCCAAUGAUUACUUGGACAAAUCAGGCUUUGUGUUGAUUGUUAUUUCAAUUUAUAGUUUUGCAUUUCGGUUGUGGACAAUGUUUGAUGUUGCGUAUUUUUGGUUUAUCUAUAUACAAUGUUUCGUUGCUGCUCCCAA